GCCUUUCCCAACAGCAUAAUUAAAAAAAGAAAAAAAAAUAGUAACAAUCUUCCUCUCUUCGUACGGUAAGAACCCAAUAUCAGACAUCGUACGGCCAUGAUCUCUCACCUCCAUUAACUCAUGUGCACGCGAGUUUUCCAGGACACUUAACAGAAACCCUUCUUCUCCCCUGCUAGCUAUUCAGAAAAAUCUCAAGAGUCACAUUAAGCCAUGCCCACCAACGAGAACUUCUCAGGUGUUUCGAAUUGCUAUGUUUUCAAGAGCCGAUUGCAGGAGUAUGCACAAAAAGUGGGUCUUCCCACACCUGUUUAUGAGACUAUCAAGGAAGGCCCUUCCCAUGAACCCUCUUUUAGAUCAGCAGUGAUAGUAAAUGAUGUUAGAUAUGAUUCCUUGCCUGGAUUUUUUAAUCGCAAGGCAGCAGAGCAGUCAGCUGCUGAAGUUGCUCUCAUGGAGUUGUCAAAAUCUGGUGAAGUUAACCAAAGCAUCUCUCAACCUGUUCAUGAGACAGGCUUGUGCAAAAAUCUACUACAGGAGUAUGCACAGAAGAUGAAUUAUGCAAUUCCAGUAUACCAGUGCCUGAAGGAUGAAGCACCAGGUCGAGGGCCUCACUUUUCAUGUACAGUUGAGAUUGGAGGCAUUCGGUAUAUUGGAGCUGCAGCAAGAACCAAAAAAGAAGCAGAGAUCAAAGCUGCCAGAACUGCUCUAUUGGCUAUACAGUCAAGUACAUUAGAACUAUCUAAUAAGGUAGUUGGCAACUCUCAGCUAACAGUUAUUCCUUGCAGAAAGAGGGCAAUGGAGACAGCUAGUAAUCCUGAGGAGGCUGUGAAUGUUCCUAAGGCAAAGAAAACUCGAUUCAAGAAGAAAAUGUUGAAAGCAAAACUCUCUGGGAACAGUGUUGAUCAUUCUCAAGACAAAAGUACAGGCAAUUCAGCUGUUGGUAUGGAUGAUCCAGUAAAAUCAGAAUGGGUUCAAACUAAUUCUCUUAGUUCUGAAACCUUAGCUACAGAAGUGGUGGGGAAUCUCCAGGAUACAAAGCUAGACAGUGACUUGAUUGAGAGAGAAGUGCCUUCUGCAGAAGUUGCAUUGCCUCCCCAGGGUGCCGAUAAUUCUAAAAAUGGUCAGUUAACGGCUCUGAAUUGUGUUCAUUGCAAUCAUGAGGCUCCAGAUGUGGGAAACUCGUCCAUGGUUUAUGCAGAUGUAACUGCUUUGGUUAAAGUGACUGAUGGUGUUGAGGUGGCUUCAAUGGUUAACGAUUCCUCUUUCAGUCAGAUGGAGGCUUCAAAAAUCAUGACUGGCUUAAACCAAGCAGUAGAGAGGAUCCAUGCAAAUGCAGGCCAAGCAUAGUGCCUAGAAGAAGUAGAGGCUGGCUUGAUUGCCAGGAUUUAAUUUUGCGUCUAGAGAAAACAGUGGAUGGAGGGAAUAGGACAAAUCAGGACUCUUAACAGAUUUCUUUACAGACACCUUGAGAAUUUUGCACGAAUUAGUGAAUUCGAGUUGCUGUUCUUUGCUUCAAUAUUUUUCAUUUUUAUAUUAUUUGUAAAUUGGGAAAUUUGUAGCAGGUUCCAGAUAUGAGUGCCGUUAUUGUGGAUUCAAAUGCAUGCAUUUGAGUAAUGAAGAGCAACUUACAUCUUCUUGCAUUCAAUGCAGUGUCUAUCAUCCUAUUGUUUCUGUAA